AUGGAUGUAGUCGGUGAAAGUUCACGUAUUGCAGAAAAGGUUUCACUUUCAACGUAUUGUCGUCUACUAGAAAAAUUGGCAUUGACUAAUGGGGUGAAGGCAAAAGAAAGAAUACUUUCCAAAUUUAUAUCUCUUUGGGAGGAACAAUAUCUGAAUCUGAAACCAAGGAGUCAAUUUUCAUCUUGUGGUCGGGCUAGUCUUUAUUUAUUACUACGUUUGCUGAUUCCAUCACAUGAUAGAUUGAGAAAAGCCUUCGGAUUGCGUGAACACACACUUUCACGGUUAAUUAUCAGAGCUAUUGGCCUUGCACCGAAUGGAUUAGCCGCGCGUAUAUUGUUGAGAACGCAUACCACUCCUAUGCGUCGACAUUCUGAUUUUGCUGAUAUAGUAUAUGCAGUGUUGAAAUCUCGAUGUCGUGAGGACAGUAUUUUAUCUGUGAAGGAUAUUAACAAUCAUCUUGAUGAAUUGGCUACUGCUUCAUCACCUGACCAACGAUUAGAUGCAUUACGUUCAUUGUUGCAUUCAACGACUGCUGUUGAACAAAAAUGGAUUGUACGUCUUAUUGUAAAGCGAGAUUCUGGUUGUGGUCUAAGUGGAAAAGAUGUUCUCAAAUGCCUUCAUCCUGCUGCCAUCUCUGUUUUUGAAGUCACUCAAGAUCUUCGUCUUCUAUGCGAACGGAUUGCAGAUGUACCAUGUUCAUAUGCAAUUGUUUCUAAGGGGACGAAUUCAAAUAAUGUAACUCUAUUUACUCCAUUUCGCCCUAUGUUGUGUGAACGGGCUAACAGUGCUGAUAUGCUUGUUUAUGCAGUACAACAGUUAUAUGGUAAACAGAAUCAGUGUAAUAUUAAAGGAUUAAACCUUCUUUUUGAAACAAAAUUCGAUGGGGAACGAGUUCAGCUUCAUAAAUCGAAGAAUUCUUAUCGAUAUUGGUCUAGAAACGGUUUAGAAUGGACAGCAAGUUAUGGUGAAGAUGGUUGUCGAGAUUCGGAUAGAUUAACUGGUCAACUUCACUGUGGUUUUGCAAAUCAUGUAGAUAAUUGUAUAUUAGAUGGUGAAAUGAUGAUAUUUAGUAACUGGUCAAGUUCAGUUAUGUCAAAACCGACAAAAUUCGAUGUGAAACGAAGUGGAUAUCAAAAUCCUGAGACUGAUAAUUAUCAACCUUGUUUUGUUGUAUUUGAUAUACUCUAUUUGAAUGGAGAGCUACUAACUUCAAAGUCAUUAUUGGAACGUAAGAAACUUCUCUUAGAUAUAUUUCAGUUGAACAUCUCAGGAUUGGAUAUGGAUUCAUUUUUACAAUGCAGUAAUACCGAUGAUGAUAGUGCAUUAGACUACAAACCUAUUCCUGUUGUAAAUGGUUGUCUAUAUCUUUCAAAAUGGUAUAUCUCUGCACCAAGUCAAUCAGAAGUUGUAAAAGCCUUCAAUCAUCUUGUUGACAAUCAUCAAGAAGGUCUUAUUGUUAAGAUAGCCAAUUCUCCAUCACCUUAUCAACCUGGUGUUAGAAAUGAUAGUGGUUGGUGGAAAAUUAAACCGGAUUAUAUACAUGGUUUACUAGCCGAUUUAGACUGUUUAAUUGUUGGAGUUCGGGGUGAUGAAAGUUAUGAAGCAGCUGAUUCGUCAAAGGAAAAGGUGAAAUUAACGCGGUUUUACACUUUUUGUAAGGUGAAAUCUGGAUUAACAAUUAAACAAUUCAAAGAAAUUGAUAAUUUAUUAAGAAAACAUUGGAAGGUGUACGAUAGAAAACAUCCCAAUACUGAUUCCACUGAAUGGUUAUGCGUGAAUACAGAACGUCCAGAUGUAUGGAUUGCUCCGAAAUCGUCACUUGUUUUACAGCUUCAUGGUGCUGAACUGACCCAAAGUGAUUCAUAUUCGGCUGGACUAACACUACGAUUUCCUCGUGUUGUGGCUAUACGUCAUGAUAAAAGUUGGCGUGAUUCACUGACAAUGAGUGAAUUACUUCAAUUGAAUAGUGAAACACAGGGUAAAUUAGCCACAAAACGAUUGUCACUUGUGCCAACAUUUUCUGGACUUACAGAAAAUGUCAGUGAUCAGCAAUUGUCAUCAUUAUCAGACUCGAACAAUAUUACUGAUAAUAGCUCAAUUAUGAAUCAAAGUAGUGGAUAUUAUACAUUAGACGAAAGCAUAGAAGAAGGAGAAGAAGAAAAACAAAGCACAACUGAACAGUCUAUGGAUGUUGAUCAACCCUUAGCUACAUCGUCUCCUGUUAAACAACGACGUGGAGUUGGUAUCUCUGAAAAACACUUGGAUUAUUUCGAAGGUCAUGAAAUAUGCCUUUGGUUGUCAAAUGAUAAUCCAUCUCCCAAUACAUUUUGUAUUGUUAUUGACAAAAUUACAUUGAAAGUUAAAAAUCUAUUGAAUUAUCCUAGUACUUCUCGGAAACGCACUCUACUACCUCACAUUAAACAUAAUGUGGUUCGCUUACAUUGGUUAAUUGAUUGUUUCAAUAAGAAUUACAGAGAGCCAACUACAGCGGAUGAGUUAAAAUUAGUUUUCGAUGAUAUAUCUUGUUCCACAUCAACUGAUGAAGAAAAUAAAACAACGUCAAAACUAGUUGCACCUAAACUUAAUCAUUAUUCAAAGUUAAAGCUUUUGUUAAAUGAAUUUAAAGGAGAUACUGAUGUUCUGCAUCCAAUGACAGGGUAUAUUUUAGCCCUAAUACGUCCAAUAUUUAAUCCAAACAAAGAGGAACAGGCGGUCGAUUCAUUUGCUUUAGAACUGCAACAACAAUUAAUGAUAACUGAUAUGCGUAGACUCGGUUGUCUAUGUAUAGGACCAAUUUGUAUUUAUAAAUCAGAGUCAAUUUCUAAUUUACAGUCACUUCUAAAUUCGGCUUAUCAUAAUUUUUUAUCUGUGGAUUCACAUACUACUGAUUGUGUGAGAUCACUUAAUAACAAGUGGUGUAUCAACCCAACACAUAUUGUAAUGCUGUCGUCUUCAUUGACAUCGUCACAAGAAGUGGAGUUGGAUUCUUGGCUAAAUGAAAAUUAUUCAACAAUCAUUGAUUGGAUGAAUCAAUUUACUCGUGUUCCACAUUUUGUUAAAGAUACCUGGAUGACUGAAUGUAUUGGACAGAAUAGUUGGUCAUCAGAAGUGAAUCAUUCACUAGUGAGAGACAAUGACUAA